AUGCAUCUUGCCUCCCACAACGUGAAGGAGUUUUGGAACACAGCUUGGGCAACGCAGAAGACGGGGUGGAAGGAGUGGGAACGUCUGGCUUCCUUUACACACGUUUUGAGCGCAUUCUUGCGUUGCGCGGGUCUCCUUCCUGCGGAGGAGCAGACCGAGGAGGGGAGUCAAAAGGGGGAUUUGCAUGAAGCUGUGAUCCGUUUUUUGGAGGGGAAAACAGUCUUUGUUCCCCUGUGUGGUGACUCUACGAUCCUACCGUACAUAGUUAGCUGCCGGGCAAGGCACGUUAUUGGUGUGGACUUGAGCGACGAGGCGUUAACACGACAGCGGCAAGUGAACUUUCCAGAUUUAAUUUUUAAAACGACAAAGUUGGACUCGGCAAAGGGGUCUACAGGAAAGGUGGAGAUGCACGAGGUCACCACGGGUGACUGCCGCAUCACACUUUUUUAUGGAGAUCUCAUGGAGUUGCCCCUUUUCAAAGAGUACAGCGAAACAGCGGUGGAUUUUGUGUUUGACCGCGCUGCUAUGAUGGCGAUCCCGCCCGACCUCCGCAGCGUGUACGUGAAGACGGUGACAAGCGUUCUCCGUCCAAGCGCGGGGGUUGCGUAUGAGCGGAUGGUGCGUAAAAUACCGCAACAGCGCGACUGGGGUCCGCCAUUCAUGGUGGCCAUGGAUGAGGUGCUACAAAUGUUUCGGCAGUAUACAGGGCGGGAUUAUAAGGCCACGCUAACCAUGACGCAUGAAUUGGAGGACAAUUUCCGCUCAGAGUGGUACGCUAUUCUGCCUCAGAGGUAG